AUGCACUCGCACACCAUUUCUUCGAAAGAAAAAACACAGAGCCAUGGCUACUUCAUUGGCUGCAAUGAUGGCGUGCCGAGCUGCAACGCUGCUAGAUUCGCCUCUCUGGCUCUCCACCGUGGCCUCGCUAGCGGCGCUGAUCACCAUUGGCAUGCUAAGGUUGAUUGCUGGAAAGACCCGAUGGGUCCAUCCAAGUGGAAGGAGGAGCACUUCAUGAUUGUCUCUUUAUCUGGCUGGGGUUUGCUUAUCUUGGGAGGGUACAAGUUUUUCACUGGAGGCAAGAAGAACAAUGAAGAGAAACUAGUGGAAGCAACACACUAG